CGAGAUGACUCCCGAGCAGGCGGCGGGUGAGCUGCUGUGCGCCCGAUUCCCAGAUCUGUGGCGCCGACAUAAUGAACAUGUGCUCCCUCUGGAGCGACCUGUCAGUUGACUUCCUGUCCUUUGGCUCCAUGCUCCUGAUAUUGGGCCAACUUACGUUCCUGGUGCUGGCCACCACCAUCAACUAUGUGGGGCUGCGCACCGGCGCCGCCAUCAAGUCAGCCAUGCAGCUCACACGGAAGAGCGCCACCACGGCACUGCAGGCAAAGCGCCACGGCUCCUGGCCAAAGCUGCUUGUGCUGGGCCGGACCGGUGCCAAGGCCAAUGCGGGAGGGGGCGGCGGCGAUGCCGUUGGUUGUCGAUGUGGGUGGCCGGCCACGGCACACCGCGUCCGCCGCGCCACCGGUCACUACCGACGACCCGGUUCUCAACAAGAUGCAGCGUCAGGAGCUUUCAUCACUGCCAGCACCGCUGCUGCAGUCACCAACGCCUGUGGCGCCAGUGGGUGCUUCGGCUCCGGUGGCGGCAGAGGGCUUUUGGGGCUCAUGAUUGCGAAGGGGUCGAGCGGUGGUGGUAAUGCGGACAUGGCGGAGGCGGUGGCGUGGCAGGCUGCUGCAGGGAAUAGCUAGGGGCUAUUGUAAGUCUUAAGCAUCUUCGGUAACAGGGGCUGUGGGCGAGGCUGAGGCAGGCAGGCAUCCAGCCACCUGGAGGUGUGGGCUGAGGAAUGAGGAUGCGUAGCCACAUGACAGUGCCCUCCUCGGGUCCGCUAAGUAGGUCGAU